AUGGGUUAUGGAUUGGCAAGGAACCUACAAUUUAGGAUCCUGCUGAAAAUCUUCUACCUCCUCCCAACAGUGGCUUAUGGUCAGCUGCUCCCUUUGGAAGAUGCCAAGUAUGAGGAACAUGUGGUCAAAGGAGUGCGCGAUCGCUCUGUGCAACUCCUGUGUGGCGACGUAGUCCUGCCCAUGAUUGUCUUCUGGAGCUUCACCAAGCUAGGCUCCCUUAUUCCCAGGGCUGUUGCCAUCAGCAAUGGCCUAGAAUCCAAGGUGGAGAAGGCAGCCGCCAUUCUGGGGGACGUGACCUUGAGGAACAGCACCUUGGAGAUACAGAACCUGCAGAUGGCCGCAGAAGGGCGGUUCAUGUGCCAGGCGCUGUACGAAGAAGAAGAGGAGAUAAAAGCAGUUUAUUUCUAUAUUGAGCUCACUGUCUUGGUUCCUGUUUCCAAGCCCUUCCUCCAGAUUAACAAUUCAACACCAGUGGAAGGCAUGCCAGUACUGAUGGUGUGCACUGUGAAAGAGGGGACGCCUCCUGUUGAAUAUUCUUGGCAGCGCCACACUAACCGGGAUGGCCUGGUGAAUGUCACAGAAGCUGUGGGCAGUAUGAUCAAUGUCACGUCAGCUAACCGGACUCAGAUGGGGUGGUAUACCUGCACUGCCCAAAACGAGGUCAAUAGCCAAACCAGCGACAGGAUGUACCUUGAUAUCAUCUAUGGGCCCGAUGAGCCGGUGAUCAGCGUGGAGCCAUUUGCCAUUAACCAACAUGGCUUCUCAGCCAAUGAGCAGGAAGAAGUGAUCAUGACCUGCCUGGCUUCUUCUAAUCCACCUAGCCACUACAUUUGGUUCUACAACAGCUCUCAAGUCUACUCUGGCCAAAAAUAUGUGAUCACCAGGAUCUUACGGACUCAGACAGGCACCUAUACCUGCCUAGCUCAGAACACCCACCUGAACACACGUACCCAGACCACGAUUGUAUUGACGGUCUACUAUCUGCCCCAAGGGAAGCUCAGCUGUAUGCCGUUGCCGGCCACUAAUUUCCGAGACCUCGCCUUGCACUGUUUGUGGCAGGGUGGGUUCCCCCCGGUGCAGCUGCGGUGGGUGAAAUCCAAAGCGGAAGAAAACAGCACAGCAACGGCCUCCAAUGCCACCCAAAUCCUUCGGGGUGUGGAUGUUCGGAAUGGGAGCUCGUACACGUGCCUCGCCUCCCACCCUGCGCUUAGAAAGGAUGCUGUGUGCCGAACGACUGUGUGGGUUCCUCGUGGAAGCCCCACCUGUUCAGCAAUGGCAACGAAGCAGAACGAGUUUCUCAUGAUGACCUGCGACUGGGCAGGAGGACUUCCCCAGAUGACACUCUGGUGGCGAGACUGGCGUGACCAUGUGCUGGGGGUGCUGAAACAAUCCCACAAUAUCCUUGUCCUGAAAUCCAACCGCACCCUUGGGGGCAAAAGAUUCACCUGCGUGGCAGCUCACCCACUCCGGGCAAAAGCUGCCGAGUGCCACGUCCGGUUGGAACCACCCAAACUUGUGGUAGAGAGAGCCAAAAUGUCACUCUUCGAAGGCAACGAGGUCCAACUUUCAUGCCUCCUGCAAGGGGCUUAUCUUGGCUCAGAGGUCUUCUGGUACAACAACAAGAACCAGGUCAUUAGAGCAGAUGCUCAGAAAUACAAACUGCAGCAAGAGAAUGCUUGGUUCAACUUGACCCUCCAGGACACGGAGUGGAUGAGGGACAGCGGAACCUACCGCUGUGCUGCCCUGAAUGCUGUGGGCAAUGCCUCCGCUACCAUCAACGUCCAGGUGAAAAAAUACCCCACUCCUCCUAACGUGACAAUCAGUAAGCUGAUGUAUAAUCGCCACCGCACAGAAGUAGAGGUUGAGUGGCAGACCCAGGGCCCGGGUAACCUGACAGGCUUUGUGGUUCAGCGGACGGAAGCUAAGAAGGCCUCCAAGAGGCAGGCAGUCAGCAUCUGGGAAACGGCAGCCAGUGAUAUCGACCCUGACGUCCGUGUCCAGAAACUGGGUGGGCUCGAUCCUUUAGUGGUGUAUGCCUUCCGGAUCCUAGCUGUCAACCACCGCACCAGGGGCCACCCCUCUGAAGUAAAGACACCAGCUGACCCGCCAUUCAAUGCCUACCCUGCCGUGAUCGGUGCAGCGGUGACAGGAAUGAUUGUGGCAACCGUGGCAUCUCUUCUGGGGUUUCAGUAUAUCAUUCGGAACCGGGAGAACAAUCCAAGGUUACACGACCUGCUCUUCAGAAGGGAUGGUGCAGAAGGUCAGGAGCAUAUUAGCACUCCCGAAGACGCUGAGCCUGAGGCAACAACAGCAGUGGAUGGCGAGGCUACUGAGCAGCUUGGAGAAACCUCUGCUCCAGCUGAGGAAACCUCAGCAGAGGGCAGCCCACAGGAAACUACGGUGGUCCAGGAGGAUUCAGCAACAGCCCAGGAGGAUGCCUCUGGCUCAGAACCUGGUCCAGCUCCCACUGAAGAGGAUGCUCCAGUUAAUGUUACAAUCACAGUGACAGCAACUCCGUGA